ACGGACACAGCUGGCUUGUAAAUACGCUGAUAUGUGAGAUGAAACCUGCCUGAGUCUGAUACCAUGUGGUACACUACAAAGAAGUACUGUACAGGUAGUACAUACUGGUCAGGAUGGCAAGAACUAUACAACAACAGCCUGGACAAUCAGGUGCCUGCUGCCCUCAUGAAGCGGUUGAGGCAGAUCAAUUUGGAGGAGUUUAUAGAUGAAUUCCUGAGAAUGCCACAAACAGACCCUCUGGCCAACAAUGGAUCAAGCUGUGGUGUGGGGGAGCAGGGACAGGAAUGCAGCAGCUCAGGUCGUAUUCCUCCCAACACCAGAUCGAUGAUAAUGUCGCGUGUGGUGCAGCCAGACCUGUGCUCCCCUCACCUGGUGACUGUGGAUGUACCUCAACAUCCUGACCCUAAUGUGGUGCACUACCCCACCUGUAUCCUCAUGGAGCGCUGCACAGGGUGCGGUGGCACAGAGCACGAGAUAUGCGCUCCUGUAGAGGUGACAUUUGUUCCUAAAGUGAUUCUUUCCCCCAGCCUUAAUCUGGAUGGCCCCAUGGACUUUGACGGCUCCAAGAUGAAGACUAUUUAUAUUGAGAAGCACCUGAGGUGUGAAAUAAGAUGCCGCGUUCAGCCUGAGGACUGCAAUUACAGUAUCCACCUCAGAUAUGACGAUGAAAUAUGCCGUUGUGUCUGUAAGAAUGCCCAUGAGGAAUCUAGUUGUCGCCUUCCCAGGCGCUGGGAUGAGGAAACAUGUCAGUGUCUCUGCCCCACUAUCACAAAUUGUGACUCCAGGAAUUCUGCCUUCAACACUGACACAUGCAGAUGUGAACGUCGCUCCCUGAGCUCUGCAUCCAGCCUGGGUCUGCAUUCCUCCGCUGAUGACCUAACCAGUGAGACAAACACAGACAUGGCCGAAUUGGACAUGUCCACGGUAAACAGGCUGAGAGCGAUGGUGGACGGGGAGAACAUUGACCCUGUGUCCACAACAGAGGAGGUGACCACUACAGAGGUGCCCCCCAGUACAGAGCCAGCCACCACCACCCCAGUCCCUACCACUGCACAGCCCUGCGCCCACAAGCAGUGUAGCCAGUACUGGGAACCUGCACUGCUCAGUAAUGGAGCCUGUGGCUGCAGGCCAACUUUUGACAUUUUCUCUGGCUUUCCAAUCAGAAAGAGAAAAUAAGAAUAUUACCACUUCUUUCUCUCUUAAGGAAGACUUCCAAACUUUUUCCAAGAUGUAUUACUAGUAUGUAUUUGCAGUGUAAAUUGUCCGUAUUCCCUGGUGUAGUAUUGUUGAACAAUGUUGUAUGAAACAGUUCUGACAAUUACAUAUAUAUAUAUAUUUUA